AUGGUUAAGCUAACAAUAGUUGGAAGGAGUAGUGAUGGGUUGCCUCUCGCACAAGGACCAAGGUAUUUGAAUGAGGAAAAUGGCAACAAUAUCUCAUUUUACAAGCAACAAGCAGAGUUCAUUCUCACAGAAAUCUCAAGAGGAAACUUAGCAUCUUCCAAGAUGACCAUCCGCGUGGAUCAUCACUGCUUUAACUAUUUGGUCGAGAAUGGAAUCUUCUUCAUCACAUUGUGCGAUUCUUCAUAUCCAAGAAAACUAGCUUUCCAUUAUCUACAGGAUUUGCAAAAGGAGUUUGGGAAGUUUGAUAAUAGCUUAAUCCAAAAAAUUACAAGGCCAUACAGCUUUCUCCAAUUCGAGAGCAUUAUUAGGAAUAUUAGAAAGCAAUAUACUGAUACAAGAACUCAGGCUAACCUAUCAAAGCUUAAUUCUAACCGGAAACAAGAAAUAGAUAUUGUUACUAAACACAUAUAUGAAAUUUUAGAAAGAAGGAGAAAUUCAGAAAUAUCGGAAAAUAUAUCCCGAAAAUCUCAAAGUAUUCACUCCUCAAUAUGGGGUUCCCCGUGCCUUGAGGUAAUUGUCUUGAAAUGGACGCCUAUCACAAUCAUUGUAGUGGUUGCUGUUGUUCUUUUGUGGGCUAGCUUUGUACUCACGGACAACUUCCUAAUUUCAAGCUUAUAAAUUUGCUAAUGUUUCUGAUUGUAUUUUCAGUAUGAAUUUGUGAUAGAGAUGAUAUUUUAACUUUGUUUUCAUGAUCAAUAAAUAAACAAUAAAUACUGAUGUCAGAAAGUUAAUCUUUAGUGGAGGAAAAUUUGAUAUAGCUACUUCAUCACGAACAA